UGAACUCGGGAAGUCGUGGGCAAUCCAGGUCGCAGCUGAGCCUGAGCUCUGCUAUCCUUUGCAGAGAGCCCAGGCCUCGCGCAUCCAUGGCUCUCCUCCGGCUCCAAGAACAGUGCUCGCUCCUCCGAAUCUCCAGCUCCCACCUCCCAAAUCCCCUCAAACCCCAAAGAAAUCCUCGGAGGAAUCAACUUUUACCGCCCAAUGCGGCCAAGAAUGCCGCCCCCUCCGAAAUUGGGGUUGCUGGCGUCUCGGCGCGGAGGGCGGCUCCCUGGCGGGAAGCCCUGGUCCCCGUCCCCGUCGCCGCCGCCGCCGCGGUCGCGUCCUGGCCGCUACCUUCCCUCGCGGCGGAGGGCGACGGGAAGGUGAGCCUCGAGUCCAUCGUGGUGGCCAUCGACGACUUCAACAACCGCAACCCCUUCUUCAUGGCGGGGGUGGUGUUCGUGUGGCUCGUGGUGAUCCCGCUGCUGGAGGAGUACGUCUUCAAGAAGUACAAGCCCGUGAGCGCCAUCGACGCGUUCCGCAAGGUCCGCGACGUGCCGGAGGCGCAGCUGCUGGACAUCCGCCGGGGCAAGAGCGUGCGGUUCAUGGCGCCGCCGAACCUGAAGCUUGUCGGCAAGAGCGCCGUGGAGGUGGAGUUCGACGAGGAGGACGACAAGGGGUUCGUCAAGGAGGUGCUGGCGAGGUUCCCAGACCCCGCGAACACCGUCGUCUGCGUCCUUGACAACUUUGAUGAUAAUUCUUUGAAAGUUGCCGAGCUACUCAUCAAGAAUGGUUUUAAGGAAGCGUAUGCAAUCAAGGGGGGCUUGAGAGGUCCAGAAGGGUGGCAGGCGGUUCAAGAAAACUAUCUCCCCCCAUCUGUACAUGUUUUCGCAAGGAAAAAGAAGGGCAAAACGUUAGCUCCUGCAGACUUGAGCUCUGAUGGAGCAGAUGGACAGCAAGAGGGAAACAGGGAACCAUUAGAUCCUCCAAGCAGCUUUGCAAUCAAUACAGGCGAUGAAUCCAAAGAUGUUUAUGAAAAUCCUAAUUACCCUGACUUGAAGCCACCAACAUCUCCAACACCAUCAAAACUGAGUUAAGAGCGAUGCAGGACAAUACAUGUGUGAAACUCAGAGUCAGGAGUCAUUUCCUGCACAAACAUUUUUGUAUACUUCUAACUGAUGAUGUCGAGGAAUUGAUGGAGAUCACAUCAAAAAAGAGCACAGGCUGCGUUGUUGUUGUUUUUCCACUGCUAUGGAGGCUAAUGAGAGUUCUUAGUUCUGUAUCACUGUAUGUAUUAAGCUCGUCCAGGUUUGUUGUACUGUUGAUUUGUUGUAAAUUGUAGUGGGGGCGAAAUGACCUUGUGUUUGUGACUUGAAACUUUCUGUGGUGUUGUAUAAAUUUUUCAGUUUGGCAAUUGUGGUUGGUUCUGCA